CCCGCAUCAACUUCCGGGUCGGCCGCUGCUCCUAGCGGAGGGGCGUCAGGGAGCUUCCGGUCUCCGUUUUCCCGGUACUGCCCGCCCGGGCUCGCUCUGUCCCCACCCCGCCAUGGAGGCCGGGCAGGGCCCCGGCGGUAGGGAGCUCGGCGACCCGGCUGAGAAUGCAGUCCCUAAGCACUAUGUCCCAACAGAAGAGGAACGGAGGCUUCUCAAGGAGUGUGCUGAAGAGAGCGCCCGGUACCGAGCUUUUCCUUUGGCUGCAGCAAGCAUGCUUGCUACUAGUUUCUUAAUCAAAAAAGGCAUUCUAAGAGAUAAUUCAAGAUUUGGCUCUUUUACUAAAGUUGCAUUUGCUGGAAUGUGUGGAUACCUGGCUGGAAAGAUAUCCUACUUGCCAAUCUGUAGCGAGAAAUUUAAGAAACUGAAGGACUCCCCAAUAGGAGAUGUUCUGCGACAGGCUCAGAGACAUAGUUCACAUUCCUAUUCCAGUCGAAAAUCUGAAUUUUCAGAUAUGCCUUCUCAGUCAUUUACUGAAUCUUCUUCCCCAAAAGCUGGAUUCCCACUUUCUUCUGGCUAUUCAGAUGAUUAUAGCUCAACAGAUAGAGCCCUCUCCAGUUACGAACCCGUUCCAUUCAGUGCUUCCCUGAAUGAAUCUUCACCUACAGGAAUUACCGAUUAUAACAUUCAAGAAACUCCUCCAGUUCCAGAAGAAACUCGUAAGAAAAAAGGUGUCACAUAUGAGGAAUUAAGGAAUAAACACAGAGAGACGUAUGAAGUAAUGUCACCACUGAAGGCAGAAACUCCAGGCAAAUUUCCCCAGGAAAGACCAGUUAAGGAAGUUAAAGUAAAUAAAUAUGGAGACACCUGGGAUGAGUGAGAACCGAAUGAAGAACUGAAGAAAAUUCUCUUGUCAGCUACACUGAGUUUCAUCUAUAUUAGUCACGGAUGCUGGCACGUUUGGUGUGUUCUGCCAAUCAAAGUUACAAAUAAAUUAGGAGAAAAUCUCAAAUUCCCAGAAGAUUAAAAGAAUAUAUUUAGGCUUAACAUCGUUUUUUGUUUUGCAUAAAUGGUGAGCCAGGCUGUUGUGAGGUGUCAUGAUUGUAAAACAUAUGUGCUAUUGUUUAAGAAUGAAGACAGUAGCAAGCAAUAAAUAAUAUAAAUGUAUAAGGAGUAAAAUGUAUGUAAAUAAAAGCAAUUACUUGUAUUGGGAUGGGAAAAAUAUCAAAAUCUUCUCAAAUUUUCAAGAUUUGCAUUAAAAGGUACCAGUAGAAAUGACCUCUCACAUUCUUUUGUUUGAAAAUGGUGUGCUGGAAACAUUUUAUCAUACUUAAUGUUUGGAAUAAUACUGAAUUAUUUGAAGAAAAAAGGCUGAGGAACCUAGCAAGUUCCUGAGUAAGCAUACUGAAUUGGACUUCUCCUUUUUCAAAAGUGUUUCAGGGUGACAGCAGUAUAUUUGGACUGUUUUUCUGACUUGCACGUGUUGCACGUUUAAGUGCAGAAAGCUAAACCAGACAAACUGUGGUAAAAGUGUAAAUGAUAUCUUGAUUAAUUCUUGUGCAUUAAAUCUUACUUUUCUGUUUGUGUCAUGACAAAAAAAAAAAAAAAGAAACACCAUGAAACUGUUGAACCUGAGCAGUAGAGCAGUUACCUUUCAGAAUUGAGCUACAUUGGUAAAACUAUUGAAAAGUGUUUUCUAAUGUACACAUCAUCUGCUCUGCCUCAAUCAAAAUACUAAUGUUAUCUUCUAUCCAUCUGAUACUCUCAUUUUCAGCUGUGCUGUUUAAUCUCACAGCGUUGUGUUUGCUUGGGCUCUUUAGCUAUAGGUGAGCAAAAGCCAUGAUGAAGUUAAUAGCAUAAAGCAUUCCUGACAUCCUUAUUAGAGAUGAAAAAUAGCCUGCUAAGAAGAAAAGUAUUGAAGACUUCAUUGAUUUAGUGGACUAGUAGCACAGCAACGUGAAUGAGAAGGUUGUUUUGAGUAGGUAAAGAUCAGCUGAAAUAAGGGAAAAAAUGAGGAAAAGUUGAGAAAAUAAGAGAGAUUCUAUUUAUAAUCAUCAAAACAUGAAGAUGGCUUUCAGAUAAGCUGAUGAUUAUUAGGAAAAGUGGGCUAACCAGGUAAGCUUGAAGAUGCAUCAAAAGUGUAACUUAUAGAGAAUACUUCUUGUGGCCAUGAUUAAAACUGAAAAUACAGGAAACUGGGCGGAACUACAUUGCUGUGUUGUUUUUGCUGUUUGUUUAGCGCGCUAUUCCAAAGCUGACUAGAUUUAUCUUGGAAAUACAAAAUUUCUUAGUUGUGAGUGAAGAAGUAACAGGGGCAGAAGACAGGUGUUAAAACUAGAGCAAGUUAGAAGAAAUGCAUUUUUGCUUGAAAGAGUGAACAUUCUGGACAAAUGAAAAGUCUCCAAGUGAGAAAACCAAUGAGCAGACUUAGGUGUUGAGGGGGCAAAAAAAUGCUACAAUAGUGGAGGACGCAGCUCUUGAACAAGAAGCCUAGCCAUAAAAAUUGGUAUUUUUUUAUUUUGGAGUAAUACUGCAUUUUCUCAAGUACAAGAUAAAAGAACAUAGUGACUUCUGUUGUGUGUCUCAGGAAUCUUAACGCCUGCUUACGCAACAAAGUAUUUAUUUAUGUAAGUGUUAAUGUCCUCCCAGGCGCUGACUAUAUGAGCUAAUGUAAAUACCUCAGCAGUGCGGACAUUCCACUGAGAAGUGAGUCUCCCUCUAGCUCUCACAAACCAAUGUUUAGAGAGUCCUCUUAUAUGCUCGGACUGACUAUUAGUAGUUAAUAUGAUGAUCAGAAGCCCUUGCUCUAAAACUGGGACUUGUUCUUGCCUUCAAUUAAUAUUUCAGGUGGGCAAAUUCAGCAUUUUACUUGAACUGUAUUAGACUUAUUUCCUUGGUGAAGAAAAUGAAAGGCAUAUAUAAUUAAUGAGGAUUUAAAGGCCGACUGUCUGCACUUAAUGUAACAUUAUAUAUCUGUAAGAUUUCUAAAUUGAAUGUAAGAUUCUCAUUCUGUUGCAUAUGGUUAGGAAGAACAAAUUGGGAUGACCAUGACAACAAUUUCAAGUUCUUUCUUUUCACAUGAGGAUUUGGCUUAGUAAGCAUUAAAUACAAGAGUUUUCACAAUCAUAAAUGGUAACUUGAUUGGCUAUUUUGUCUUUGGAGGGUCGAUUUCAGUUUGCUUUUUGGUGUGCGUUGAAACCCUGAAUCACUGAACAGCUGUGGAAACUGAGAUUUAUCCCUUCCUUUCUUCUGCGUUUCUUCCAUCAAGUACCACUGCGUUUCAGAGUGUUUUCUUCCAGUCUCACUAUUUCAUACCAGCUACCGAGCUACCUGUGUUUAUACUGCACCUGCAGUAUGAAUAAUUGUAUGCAGUAUAAAUAAAAAAGUCUAUAUAUAAACAAUUAAUAAGAAUGGUGUGAAGAAUGCAGGACAGACCCUCUUGUUUUAUGUUUAAACACGUUUCCAGCUAAUGCAAAGCAUAUUUUUUCUUAAUUCAUUAACCAAGCUCUUUGCUUUAUGGGAACAUAGGUCCCUCACUAUUCUUCAAAAAUCACAGUAAGAAUUUCACUUGGCAUUACCAUUUAUAUUUCCACUUGGCUGCAUUUACAAUCUGUCCUAUCAACACAGCUGAUAGCAUUACAAAGAAUUGAAGUUGUCGUAUGGGUUAUUGUUAAUUAAUAAAUGUGAAUUAAUUCA